AUCAUGAAUUUUCGUUUUCCUCGAAUAUAAAAACGAAAAUUUUUCAUUGCAGAUUUAAUACACGAUCUCAUCAUUGAAUUUUUCCAUCAAAUUUUAUCCAUUUUUUUCAUCAAAAAUCUCGAUCAUAAUGUAUUUCAAACAAGUAUUUUUAAAGCUAAUCAUUGGUUUUUCAUUUUUCUUAUUAUUUAUUGAAUGUACUGUUGAACAACCACAUUGGUCGGUGAAUAAUAUUCAAUUUUCCAAUAUGAUACGUCCGCAACUUUUAUCAUCAUUCUCAUCAAACAUUGGAAAAGAAUCCAAACCAAAUCGUAUGCCUAAAAUGCAUUCACAACGUACUUUGAAGCCAUCAAUGAAACAAGCAAAAUUCCAUCGAGUUGCAUCCGAUCGAAAUUCGAACGCAAGAAGGAUGGGUUUGUUUUCACGUUAUCUAAAAGAACGACAAAAUCAACGCCAUUUAUCGGCUUUCCUGAUGUCAUCGUUUGGAUCAAAAGUUGUAAAUGGAAAUAUUGAAUAAAUUGUUUUUGAUAAAAUAAAACUAUAUUUUUAUUAUUUUUA